UCCGCAGCCAGCCGAGGGGGCGGGCCCUGCAGCCUUUGUUGCCCGCGGACCGAGCACAGCCGCCUGCCGGGCCGGAGUCCGGGCCGGGACGCUGGGAGUUGCACGCGGGCCGGGCAUGUCCUGAGCCGGACCCGGGACGGGGCAGCGAGCGGACGGGACGGACGAGAGCGUGCACGCGGGGUCGCCCGGCGGCCGCCUGGCUCCGGCCAUGCCCGGCGGCCCGAGUCCCCGCAGCCCCGCACAGCUGCUGCGCCCCCUCCUCCUGCUCCUCUGCGUUCCGGCGCCCAGCGCCCUCGGAUCCGCACCAGGGCUCGCCGCCGACGGCCGGGCGGCGCUGGACAUCGUGCACCCGGUGCGCGUGGACGCGGGGGGCUCGUUCCUGUCCUACGAGCUGUGGCCGCGCGCGCUGCGCAAGCGGGACGUGUCGGCGCGCCGCGCGGCGCCCGCCUUCUACGAGCUGCAGUACCGCGGGCGUGAGCUGCGCUUCAACCUGACCGCCAACCCGCACCUGCUGGCGCCUGGCUUCGUGAGCGAGACGCGGCGGCGCGGCGGCCUGGGCCGCGCGCACAUCCGGGCCCGCGCCCCCGCCUGCCACCUGCUGGGCGAGGUGCAGGACCCCGAGCUGGAGGGCGGCCUGGCGGCCGUCAGCGCCUGCGACGGCCUGAAAGGUGUGUUCCAGCUCUCCAACGAGGACUACUUCAUUGAGCCACUGGACGGCGUCCCAGCCCAGCCCGGCCGCGCCCAGCCCCACGUGAUAUACAAGCGCCAAGCCCCUGAGAGGCAAACAGAGCCGGGUGACUCCAGGGCUACAGGCACCUGUGGGGUGCAAGAGUCCCCGGAGCUGGAGCCCCGACGGGAGCGUUGGGAGCAGCGGCAGCAGUGGCGGCGGCAGCGGCCAAGGCGUCUACACCAGCGCUCAGUCAGCAAAGAGAAGUGGGUGGAGACCCUGGUGGUAGCUGAUGCCAAAAUGGUGGAGUACCAUGGGCAGCCGCAUGUCGAGAGCUACGUGCUGACCAUCAUGAACAUGGUGGCUGGCCUUUUUCAUGACCCCAGCAUCGGGAACCCCAUCCACAUCACCAUCGUGCGCCUGGUCCUGCUGGAAGAUGAGGAGGAGGACCUAAAGAUCACACACCACGCAGACAACACCCUGAGGAGCUUCUGCAAGUGGCAGAAAAGCAUCAACAUGAAGGGGGACGCCCACCCGCUGCACCACGACACCGCCAUCCUGCUCACCAGGAAGGACCUGUGUGCAGCCAUGAACCAGCCCUGCGAGACCCUGGGCCUGUCCCACGUGGCAGGCAUGUGCCAGCCGCACCGCAGCUGCAGCAUCAGCGAGGACACAGGCCUGCCCCUGGCCUUCACCGUGGCCCAUGAGCUCGGGCACAGUUUUGGCAUUCAGCAUGACGGAAGCGGCAAUGACUGUGAGCCUGUUGGGAAACGGCCUUUCAUCAUGUCUCCACAGCUCCUGUACGACGCCGCCCCCCUCACCUGGUCCCGCUGCAGCCGCGAGUACAUCACCAGGUUCCUCGACCGUGGGUGGGGCCUGUGCCUAGAUGACGCUCCUGCCAAGGAUGUCAUUGACUUCCCCUCGGUGCCGCCCGGCGUCCUCUAUGACGUGAGCCACCAGUGCCGCCUCCAGUACGGGGCCUACUCUGCCUUCUGCGACGACAUGGAUAAUGUCUGCCACACACUCUGGUGCUCCGUGGGGACCACCUGUCACUCCAAGCUGGAUGCAGCCGUGGAUGGUACCAGGUGUGGGGAGAGCAAGUGGUGUCUGAAUGGGGAGUGCGUUCCUGUGGGCUUCCAGCCCGAGGCUGUGGAUGGUGGCUGGUCCGGCUGGAGCGCCUGGUCUGUCUGCUCGAGGAGCUGUGGUGUGGGCGUGCAGAACGCUGAGCGGCAGUGCACGCAGCCUGCGCCCAAAUACAAGGGCAAAUACUGCGUGGGCGAGCGGAAGCGCUUCCGCCUCUGCAACCUGCACGCCUGCCCCGCCGGCCGCCCCUCCUUCCGCCACGUCCAGUGCAGCCACUUUGACGCCAUGCUCUACAAGGGUCAGCUGCACACAUGGGUGCCUGUGGUCAAUGAUGUGAACCCCUGUGAGCUGCACUGCCGGCCCUCCAACGAGUACUUUGCCGAGAAGCUGCGGGACGCAGUGGUGGAUGGCACCCCCUGCUACCAGGGCCAGGCCAGCCGUGACCUCUGCAUCAACGGCAUCUGCAAGAACGUGGGCUGCGACUUCGAGAUUGACUCUGGUGCCGUUGAGGACCGCUGUGGCGUGUGCCACGGCAACGGCUCUACCUGCCACACCGUGAGCGGGACCUUCGAGGAGGCUGAGGGCCUGGGGUAUGUGGAUGUGGGGCUGAUCCCCGCCGGCGCUCGCGAGAUCCGCAUUGAGGAGGUGGCCGAGGCCGCCAACUUCCUGGCCCUGCGGAGCGAGGACCCGGAGAAGUACUUCCUCAACGGUGGCUGGACCAUCCAGUGGAACGGGGACUACCAGGUGGCGGGCACCACCUUCACAUACGCACGCACGGGCAACUGGGAGAACCUCACGUCCCCGGGUCCCACCGACGAGCCCGUGUGGAUCCAGCUGCUGUUCCAGGAGAGCAACCCCGGGGUGCGCUACGAGUAUACCAUCCACAGGGAGGCGGAUGGCCACAGCCCGGUCCAGCUGCCUGAGUUCUCCUGGCACUAUGGGCCCUGGACCAAGUGCACGGUCACCUGUGGCACAGGCAUGCAGAGGCAGAGCGUGUACUGCACAGAGAAGCAGGCGGGGCCUGUGGACGAGAGACACUGUGACCCCCUGGGCCGGCCCGAUGACCGCCACAGGAAGUGCAGCGAGGAGCCAUGCCCCGCCCGGUGGUGGGCAGGUGAGUGGCAGCGGUGCUCCAGCUCCUGUGGGCCCCGGGGCCUCUCCCGCCGGGCCGUGCUCUGCAUCCGCAGCGUGGGGCUGGAUGAGCAGAGUGCCCUGGAGCCACUCGCCUGUGAACACCUUCCCCAGCCCCCUGCUGAAACCCCUUGCAACCGGGAUGUGCCCUGUCCUGCUACCUGGGGCGUGGGCAACUGGUCUCAGUGCUCGGUGACGUGUGGGGAAGGCACUCAGCACCGAAGUGUCCUCUGCACCAAUGACACCGGUGUCCCCUGUGAUGAGGCCCAGCGGCCAGCAAGUGAGACCACCUGCCCUCUGCCGCCUUGCCUGCGGGCCUUGGACACGCUGGGCCCUGAAGGCUCAGGCAGCGGCUCCUCCAGCCAAGAGCUCUUCAAUGAGGUCGACUUCAUCCCCCACCGCCUGACCCCACGCCCUCCACCUCCCUCGUCACCCGAGCCUGCCAGCAUGGGCAAUGCCAUCGAAGAGGACUCUGAGCUUGGCCUGCCGGGGCCAGUGUUUGUAGACGACUUCUACUAUGACUACAAUUUCAUUAACUUCCACGAGGACUUGUCCUAUGAGCCCUUGGAGGAGCCUGACCCAGAUGUGGUUGGCACAGGGGAUUGGACGCCCCCACCCCCAAGCAGUCCCUCUGAGCCCCCUACGGGUACCCCCGUGCCUGCCAUAGAGCCUCCUGGGGCUGAGGAGGAGGAGGCACUGGGAGAUUGGUCCCCUACCCCUUGGCCCACCCAGGCUGACUACUCCCCACCCCCACACCCGGAGCAGACCCCUGGGAACCCCUUGGUCAAUUUCUUGUCCGAGGAAGAUGCCCCCAUGGGGGCCCCAGACCUUGGGCUCCCCAGGUUGCCCUGGCCCCCCACUUCAGUCAGCACGGAGAUACCUGCUGCCCCUGGGAGCCAAAACAAGUUCCUGGGACGGGAGGAGAGCCAGAGCCAGCCACCCCCUCCACGGUGGGAGAGGACCAAUGAGGUUUCUGAGGAUGAUGAGGAAGCCUUAGGCCGCAGAGUGCCCCACCUGCCCCAGAGACCCAGCCCCACGUGGCUCCCUUGGUCCUCCGUCAGCACUACCCACUCCUCUCCGAGUUCUGACACGGUAGAGCUGUGGACAAGUGGGGCCAUGGCCUGGGAACCAGCUCUGGAGAGUGGCCUGGGGCCUGUGGACAGUGAGCUGUGGCCCACUGUGGGGGGAGCUUCUCUCCCUCCUCCUCCCACAGCUGCUCUGCCAGAGACCCAGGGCAGGGACAACCCCUUGGAGCCGGGGACUCCUACCCUUUCAACACCAGGCCUGGCCCCACGGGACCUGCAGACCCUGGCAGUGCCAGGGACCUUCCUUCUGACAGCCCCGACUGGCCCGGGGCACACACCCUGGGUAACUGCCAUGAGCCCAGGACCCUUGGGCCAGCCUGAGUCCCCCAGCCCUGAGGUGCCCCCAAGCUCUGUGCUCCUGUCCACACCAGCUCAGGACACCCCGGCCAACAGCAUCAGAGUCCCUGAGGCCCAGCCCCUGGACCCCAGGCUGGCCGAGGAGGGGCCCCCCCUGGACCUGCCGUCUGCCAGGAAUGCCAGCUGGGAAGUGGGGAACUGGAGCCAGUGCUCCACCACCUGCGGCCUGGGCGCCGUCUGGAGGCCCGUGCGCUGCAGCUCCGGCCGGGAGGAGGACUGCGCCCCCGCUGGCCGGCCCCAGCCCGCCCGCCGCUGCCACCUGCGGCCCUGUGCCGCCUGGCACUCAGGCAACUGGAGUAAGUGCUCCCGCAGCUGCGGCGGAGGUUCCUCUGUGCGGGACGUGCAGUGUGUGGACACACGGGACCUCCGGCCACUGCGGCCCUUCCACUGCCAGCCGGGGCCUGCCAAGCCCCCUGCCCGCCGGCCCUGCGGGGCCCAGCCCUGCCUCAGCUGGUACACCUCUUCCUGGAGGGAGUGCUCCGAGGCCUGUGGCGGCGGCGAACAGCAGCGUCUGGUGACCUGCCCGGAGCCGGGCCUCUGCGAGGAGGCCCUGAGACCCAACACCACGCGGCCCUGCAACACCCACCCCUGUACACAGUGGGUGGUGGGGCCCUGGGGCCAGUGCUCAGCACCCUGCGGUGGUGGCGUCCAGCGGCGCCUGGUCAAGUGUGUCAACACCCAGACGGGGCUGACCGAGGAAGACAGCGACCAGUGUGGCCACGAGGCCUGGCCUGAGAGCUCCCGGCCGUGCGGUGCCCAGGACUGUGAGCCCGAGGAGCCUCCACGCUGCGAGCGGGAUCGCCUGUCCUUUGGUUUCUGCGAGACGCUGCGCCUGCUGGGCCGCUGCCAGCUGCCCACCGUGCGCACGCAGUGCUGCCGCUCCUGUCCCCCGCCCGGCCGCGGUGCCUCCUCCCGUGGCCAUCAGCGGGUCGCCCGCCGCUGACCCGCGCCCCGGCCCAGGGCCGGGCAGGGACGCACAGACCGACCGACCGACGCACGGACCUCAGCGCCUCACCACGGGCUGCGGCGGAGCCCCGCCCCUCGCGCCCUCCUGGUGCUAGCCCCGCCCCCUGCCAGCGGCAGGCUGGGGACCCCACUCCCUCGAAAAGGUAUUUUUUUAACAGU